ACGUGACGUUAGUUGGUCAUGUGAUUUUGCUGGGUAGCUGGGUAGCUACCUACUAUGUUAGUCAUUAACUUUAGCAUGGUAGUUUAGUCUACCUAGCGUUUGGAUAGUUUGUUUCUUUGUCGUCAGCCAGACAUAUUCCUAGAUAUGUAGUUUCUUUCGAUUGUGAGCGAAGUGGGACUGUAAUCCUGUUUUGUCUGCGUGGAAGAAUUAUCUGCCACUGUAGGAACUGUCCCGUGAGGAAAAGGUUAGCCAUCGCAGAGGGCAUAUGGAAGCCCCAUGAGAUUCCCGACAACAUGAGGAUUAAAAAGCGCCGUGUCUCCUGCAGAUGUUUCCAGGUGCCCUUGGUGGUCCUUGGGUUGAUAUUCCUGACAGUUGUGACCUUUUCUUUGUUUGAUACGGGCCCACCCAAGCCUUUGGCAUGGCAUGUGGAUCCCAUCCACCGUAAGCGUGUACACAAUUUUGUCCAGGAUCUUCUUAAGUCAGAAUGCAGACCAACUUUUGCCAGGAAGGGAGUGGAAGCGAGGCUCCAGUUCUCUUUUCCUGUGACUGAUCCUUUCCUCUGGCGGGACACAAUGCUGACCCCAGAGAUGUUCAAAUACCCGCCACCUUUUGGAUUCCGUGACAUGCGUGGGAAUCUAAAGGAUGUCCUCAGCCUCCUUCCUGCCCCCUCAGAGCAGCAGAAGAAGCAGUGCAGACGCUGUGUGGUCAUCGGAAAUGGAGGAAUCCUCCGUGGUCUGGAACUGGGCCCCCUGCUCGACCAGUUUGAUGUUGUCAUUAGGUUAAAUAGUGGUCCUGUACGGAACUACAGUAAAGAUGUGGGAAAUAGGACCUCCAUCCGGAUGAGCUACCCAGAAGGUAGUCCAAUGGUCUGGGAAGAUGUGGACCCUGACCUAGAGUUUGUGGCUGUGGUCUACAAGGCUGUGGACUUCAAGUGGAUCAGCGCAAUGAUCAACAGACAGAGUGUUUCUCUUUGGGACUGGCUGUUUUUCUGGCAGAAGGUGCCAGAGGAGAUUCCAGUAGACUUAUCAAAGUUCCGGCUUCUGAAUCUUGAGAUCAUCAAGCAGAUGGCGCUGGACCUAUUGGACCUCCCCACUCCACAGCCACGCCUCUGGGGCUGGGACCAGAAUGUGCCCACGCUGGGCAUGUCAGCCCUUAACAUGGCCACCUACCUGUGUGAUGAGGUCAGCUUAGCAGGCUUUGGCUACAACCUCAGCCAGAAGGAGGCGCCGUUGCAUUACUACGAUAGUCUACCCAUGACCGCUAUGCUGAAGCAGAACAUGCACAAUGUGGACCGUGAAAAGACUUUCCUCCAGAGCCUGGUGAAGGAAGGGACUGUGUCAGACCUCACUGGGGCCUUGUACUGCACCUUCUGUCCCAGCUGAUAGAAACUGCUCUGGGCCUAUAGCACAGCUGGCUACACGCAAGUUCUCCUCUCUAAAAAUAACUAUCCAUCUUUCCACUGGUUUUUUACUUAAAAUCUUGUCCAAUUUAACGGCAUUCAUGAAGAUCACAACUGCCCAUUAUGGAAGUUCAUAGUUCUAGCAUAUCAUGCUUUUCAAAAACUGAGCCCAUGGAUAUGGGUGCUUAAUUUAAUGCAUGCAAACAUGCUGCAACUGCAUUGAAUGGAUAUAUACAACCUAAUGGGAUAGUUAUAAAUGUCUUCACUGAUUAACUGUAUACAAUCUUAAUAACGGAAAUAAUUGUAGUUCCCGUAAAUGAAGUAAAAUUGCUGCUAUUAAAUGGUGUGCACUAUAUGCUAAAGGUUGGAGGAAAAAAAUCCACCAGUAUUUGUUGACUAACAUUAAUUAACAAAAGAUAAUAGAAACAAGAUAGUGUUCUGUGUCCCCAACAGAUAUUGGUGCUUGGUUGUUUUUACUUUUAAUCCAAUUUAAUUAUUUUAUUUAUUUUAAAUAAUUAUAAUUAUGAUCUGUCAAAAGACUACGUAAAUAUAUAUGUUUAUAUAUAUGUAUUUCUAGUUUCUUUUUAUAAUGUUUGGUUGUCAGUAAAGAAAAGAAAAUAUCUGAGGAAUGGUUUAACUGGGCCUUGUACAUCAGUGGUUAUCAAUGUGGUGCAACAAGGGUUUGAUAGCCCUAUGCGGUUAUAGUCAAAUUGUCGAAUUCCAAUGAUGGGUUUGAAUAUAGUGUACCUUAUUAAUGUAAAACAGUAUUGGCAAACCUUGGUGAAUAUUUCCACUAAUACAAUGCCUUCCACAGUCAUUGGGACCAUUCUUUUUUUUUCUUUCUUCUUGUCUCUGAACUCCAAACAUUUAAAAUAACAGAAUUACUAUAAUUACACUGGAUAAUGUAUCUGUACAUGUUAGUUCAGUAUUAAGAAGACACUUUCUACAUAAUCUCUGUUUUUUCAUGGCACCAACAGUUUUGGGACAGAUUAAUAUGUCUCAAUUCAGCACUUGUGUUUUGUAUUCCUUUGCAUGCUAUAGAGCUGGGUAUAUUCUCUUGUGAUCUUCUGCCAGGCCUGUACUGUUAUGCGGUUAUUUUAGUUGAUUUUGUUGGUCUUACUUCAGCAAAAUUGAACACUUUUAAAACUGGAGAUUGUUGUGGUCAGUCAGUUACUUUACCUAGUUGCAAUUGAAUUAGGUUUGGAGUCAUUUGGAGUCAUGCGCCGUCCAGUGAGUUAGAAAUCAAUUUCUUUUACUUUUGCCAACAAGAUGUUUAAUAAUUUUUGUACAUGUUCAUCUUUGUCUAAUCUGUCCACAGUACAAUAACUUCUGCAGGUAUUUUUCAAGUAUAUUAUAUGGCCAUUCUGUUUUUGACGAUAACUGGUAGUUGGCAGCUUAGCAUAUGUUGGUCUAGUUUUGAGGUCUUCUCUUAGAGAAUGUUUUCCUGAUCUGUCGGUCAUUUUGGUUUUUCACAUUUUCUAGAUUAUAACCACCACUCUUUUGGCCAAAACCCAGAAGCAUGGUGGUGGGAGCAUCACAAUGUGGGAAUGCUUCUAAUCAGUAGGGACUGGACCUCUUGGUAUAGUUUAUGGAAGAGUGGAUGGAUCAGAACACAAGGAAAUACUGCAAGAGAACCUGCCUCAAUCUGCUUUAAACCUGAAGAUUUG